AUGGCGGAAGAAGAAAGUUUGCGGGAGCUGAGUCGUGAAGAACGGCAGCUGAAGAAUUCCCUGAAGGCAAUUGUGAAAUUCGUCAACGAGUUCCAGCGAUCAACCCAGGAGAACCAAAUUGAGGUGCGGUUGGAGGCGUUGGAGAAUGUGAUGCAGAAGUUCUACAGUGUACGCCGUAAGAUCGAGAUUGCCAUGGACGAAGUAGAUCCCGAAGAAGAUGAUGAAGACGUCAAGGAAACUGCAGAGGAACGCAAGAAACGCCUGGAAAAGGCAACCGCUAUCCGUGAAGCCCAGUACGAUGAAGCGAUCCGUGUAGUGGAAGAGAAGUACUGUGAAGUUAAGGCUGCUCUAAUAUCGUUAAGACCGCCGAAGCCGAGUUCUUCCCAGUCGACUGCUGGAGUCCAAGCUCAUGUGGAUUCCGGGACAUCGAGAGUCAAGCUGCCAGACAUAAAGCUGCCAUCCUUCAGCGGCAAGAUCAAGGAGUGGAUAACUUUCCGGGACACGUUUCGCAGCCUCAUUCACAACAAUCGCCAGCUGGCGCCGAUCGACAAAUUUACUUAUUUGCGAUCCUCUGUCCACGGCGAUGCCCUACAAGAAAUCUGCUCGGUGGAGCUCUCGGCGGAGAAUUACGAAGUUGCUUGGAAGGCCCUAGAGAAGAAGUUUGAAAACAAAAAGCUCAUCGUAAAGGCGCAUCUGGAUGCGAUUUUUUCCGUGGAGCCGUUGCGACGAGAAAACUGCGAUGCGUUGAAUCACUUGAUCAACGAGUUCGACAGGAACCUCCAAAUGCUCAACAAAAUUGGAGAAAACACGGCGAAUUGGUCAACGAUCCUUGCGUACAUGCUCUGCUCUCGUCUAGACUCAGCCACCCUCCGGCUGUGGGAAUCACAUCACAACUCCAAAGAUGUUCCGGAAUUCGACGAGCUGUUGGAGUUUCUGCGUGAUCACUGUCUUGUUUUGCAGUCCAUCGCGCCUUGCAAGCCCAUCGAAUCCGAGCAGAAGCGUGCUCGAGUCACAACGACGUACACGUCAUCCGAAUCUGCACGAAAAUGCCUGUUCUGUGCGGAGCCGUUCCAUCUUCCCUUCAAAUGCAACAAGUUCAAGGGCUUGACGAUUAAUCAGCGGGUAGAAGAGGCCAACAAGAAACGUCUGUGUCGCAACUGCUUAUCCGCAGGUCACUACGCAGAAGGUUGCUCCAAGGGUUCCUGUACGAAGUGCGGCAGAAAUCAUCAUACAAUGCUGCAUUUCGAGAACGCGCCAACGAGUCCGCGAGCACCGAAACCAUCCGUUCCACAAACGCAAGAUCAAACCCGCGCAGCAGGACAGACACAGCCACAACCAAGUCAAACACCACCAAAGGAUCAGACACAAACACCCACUCAACCAGCUACACAAACCACAAACUCCUACCCAGUGAUCCAAUCAAGCUCUCAGCACACUCCCCCACAACCCACUACAGACCCACACGCCACUGUUACUCUGAAAGCUGUUAAGCAAUCAGAAAAUAUGCAAUCUCUCCCUCGACAAGUACUAAUGUCAACCGCAAUUGUUCGUGUGCAAGACCCGUUCGGAAACGUUUCGUUUGCUCGAACAUUGCUGGACUCCUGUUCAGAGUUUUGCUACGUCACGACUAGCUUCUCCAAGAAGCUCAAGCUGAAGGAGACUCCAGCCCUCUUGAAAGUGGAAGGAAUCGGCAGCGGAAGCGUCACAUCGACGAAAUCGGUGGAAGCAAGGAUUCAACCUCGACAAGCAACACUCUCCGCCUUCGACGAAGAUAUGCAGUUCUACGUCCUGCCCAAGAUCACCCGGACGUUGCCGAUCAGCCCUGUCCAGGUGAAGGUACUGGAGAUACCAAGCGACAUCGUGUUGGCGGAUCCGACCUUCGGAGAACCUGGUCCUAUCGAUAUGAUCAUCGGUGCUGAAUUCUACAUCGAUCUUCUUGCUGCGGGACGACGAAAGCUUUCCGAUAGUGGUCCGACUCUGCGGGAAACCGUUUUCGGAUGGAUUGUGUCCGGUAGAGUUCCAGAAGUUCCUGCCAACAUUCCAAGAACGUCGACUUUCGUCAGCACGAUGGUUGAUCUGCAAGAACUCAUCGCCAAAUUCUGGGAGCUGGAGACGUGUCAUAUCAACAGCACGAACUCAGUGGAGGAAACAGCGUGUGAGGAGAUUUUCAACAGAACUACCACCCGAAACGAAGAAGGGAAGUUUGUCGUAGCCCUUCCACGAAAGGAGCACGUCAUGGAGAAACUAGGCGAGUCCAAAAACAUCGCUAUCAAGCGGUUCCUGAGCCUCGAAAGGCGGCUGGACAGCGACCAGGAACUGAAGGCGAUGUACACUGAGUUCAUUCAUGAAUAUCAGCUGAUGGGACACAUGAAGCAAGUCCCCGAGGAGACUGACAGUGAAGCACCAGUCUACUACUUGCCGCAUCAUGCGGUGUUGCGUCCAGACAGCACGACCACAAAACUUCGUGUUGUCUUUGAUGCCUCGUGCCGCACAUCAACGGGAGUGUCGCUCAACGACGCGUUAAUGGUGGGCCCUGUAGUCCAGGAUCCUCUCCUGGCGAUUCUACUACGGUUUCGCCUCCAUCGAAUAGCGGUAGUGUCGGAUGUGGCGAAAAUGUACCGGAUGGUGCUCACCCAACCGACCGAUCAUCCUCUUCACAAAAUUGUGUGGCGUGAUUCGAAAGACCAACCCCUGAAAUUCUUCGAACUCACCACUGUCACAUACGGAACGGCUAGCGCGCCGUAUUUAGCGACAAGAUGCCUCAAGAAGCUGGGCGAAGAUUGUGCACCCACGCAUCCAGUGGCAUCUGAAGUGAUCCAGCAUGACUUUUACGUCGACGAUAUGCUGUCGGGCGCCGAUAGCGUCGAGGAAGCCAAAACGUUGGUGAAGCAAGUCAAGGACGUGUCAGACUCGGCGGGAUUUAGUCUCCGGAAAUGGAAUUCCAACUCAAGCGAAGUUCUCCGUAGCAUUCCGAAGCACCUGCGAGAUGAUCGCUCCAUGCUUGAGCUUGAUUCGUCCAAUGCAACAGUGAAAACAUUGGGACUACGGUGGAAUGUGAGCUCCGACGAAUUCCACUUUUCCUUUCCUCAGUGGAAGUCCAAUUCCUCGACCAUCACCAAGCGAAGCAUACACUCCGACGCAGCGUGCCUGUUCGAUCCGUUAGGACUAGUCGGCCCGGUUGUUGUGCAGGCGAAAAUCUUCAUUCAGCAGCUUUGGCGGCUGAAAUGCGGCUGGGAUGACCCACUGGAUGAGUCGAUACAGGAAAUGUGGAGAGAAUAUCGGCAGAACUUGAUGGCACUCGAAACGCUUACUAUUCCCCGCUGGGUUGGACUCAGCAACGAUUGCGUUUCCGUUCAACUGCACGGAUUCAGCGAUGCGUCAACAGUAGCGUACGGAGCGUGUCUCUAUCUCCGUUGCGUUGCCUCAGACGGGUCCGUUACUGUGCGGUUAAUCACAUCGAAGUCUCGAGUGGCUCCUCUUGAGAAUCUGGAGCAAAAGAAGAAGAAAAUGACAAUUCCCCGGCUCGAGCUGUCGGCUGCACUCCUGUUAAGUCACCUCUACGAGAAGUUCGUCCAAGUCAAGGCUGUACCUACCGCGUUUUUCUGGACGGAUUUCACAAUUGUUAAUCACUGGCUCGGAUCUCCUCCGUCUCGUUGGCAAGUGUUCGUUGCCAACCGUGUAUCGGAGAUACAACAUCUCACCCAAGGUGGAACGUGGAGCCAUGUAGCGGGAAUCGAGAAUCCUGCGGACCUCAUUUCUCGUGGGAUGUCGCCAGCCCAACUCCAAUACGAAAGGCGCUGGUUCGAAGGUCCCCAGUGGUUAUUACAGGAUCAAUGCUAUUGGCCUCAAGCGAGCCAAACCACCGAAGUUCUAGAAGACGUCACGCUUCUGGAAGAGCGUGCAUCACAAGCGUUUCUCACACAGGGAGUUCCUCCGAAUGAGCUGUUUGGACUACGAUGGUCGUACCAGGAGCUGCAGCGCAUUGUAGCCCUUCUGAUCCGCUUCAAGCACAAUACUACAAAUCGAAGUUCGAAGCGAACUGGACCUGUCUCACUGGAAGAAUUAGAGGAAGCACUGAUCGUCCUAGUGCGUCAAGCUCAACAAGACAGCUUUCCGGAAGAAAUGGCAGAUCUUGGAAAACAAGGAGAAGUGAAAUCAUCGUCCAGGAUCAGAUCGUUGUACCCUAUUAUGAAGGCAGGCAUCAUAUGCGUCGGUGGCUGUCUUGCCAAUGCUCCAGUGCCAGAAACUCGAAAGCAUCCGUUCAUUUUGGAUCAUCGUCAUCCACUAGCAAUAGCGUUAGCUAGGCACUACCACUACAAGUUCUACCACGCUGGACAGCAACUACUAGUAGCAACCCUUCGCGAAAGAUUCUGGCCAACGAAUGCGAACAGCUUGGCGAGAAAGGUCAUCCACGGAUGCAUUCCGUGUUUCCGAAGGAAACCAAAGGUCAUCGAUCAGCUUAUGGCUGAUUUACCAGUGGAGCGCGUCACUCCAUCAGCUCCAUUUUUGAAGGUCGGCGUGGACUACUGCGGACCUUUCCACAUCAGCUACCCCAACCGGAAAUCCAGCCCGGUGAAGUGCUACGUUGCAGUGUUUGUCUGCCUGUCGGUGAAGGCAAUUCAUCUAGAGCUCGUCGUGGAUUUGACGACUCAGGCAUUCAUUGCGGCUUUAAGACGCUUCGUCGCUCGACGAGGCCGACCCCAGCUCAUUAUGUGCGACAACGCGACUACGUUUGUUGGAGCAAAUCGAGAGUUGAAGGAGCUCUGCAAGCAGCUGAACGACAGAAAAUUCCAAGAUUCCGUUAUCAAGGAAGCAGCGAACGAUGGCAUAGAAUUCAAGUUCAUCCCACCCCGGACGCCAAAUUUCGGUGGUUUGUGGGAGGCCCAAGUGAAGUCCUUCAAAAACCACUUCAAGAAAGCAGUAGGACUCCGAACGUUGAAGAACGACGAAAUGCUGACGGCUCUUGCCCAAAUCGAAGCGGUCUUAAACUCUAGACCGAUGACUGCUAUCAGCAGCGAUCCUACAGACUACGAGGCCCUAACCCCGGGGCAUUUUCUAGUGCAGCGUCCGCUAACUGCUGUAGCGGAUCGAACCUUCGACGAUGUCUCCAUCAACCACCUGAAGAUGUGGGAGCAAGCGCAGUCUCUCACCCAGCAGUUCUGGAUGAAGUACAGCACCCAGUACCUUUCUGAUCUGCAGAAUCGUGUCAAAUGGACGAAGAAGAAGGCCGACAUCGCUGUGGGUACGAUGGUUCUUCUCAAGGAAGAGAACACACCUCCACUGAGGUGGCCACUUGGCAGAGUGGUAAAGGUGUUUCUUGGUACUGACGGACAUGUUCGUGUUGUCACGGUACGUACCAAGGAUGGUAGCUUCGACAGAGGCAUCACCAAGCAUUCUACGAGUGCUUCGCCUCUGACCCCAUGGGUCACCUCGAUGAAGUCCAAAGAUCAGUCCGUCAGUCUACAAGUGGUGAAAGGUCAAGUCUCGUCAAGUAUCGUCUGUGUAUGUCUGUCCAAGUCCCUCGUCUUGGUAAAAGGUAACACUGAAGCAAUUCAGUUCAGCAUGGGAGAUAGCAUCUACUCCCGCUCCGGUGCACUGUGCACCUGCCACUACACUCGCUACCACCGCAUCCCCUGGAGACAGCCAUGGUACCAUCUCCAGGUCACCUCCCUCGUUUGGUUGGCAAUGGGCCCGGCCAGCUCUACCGUCAAUCGCUACGACCGAGGACAAGUUAGAAGCCUUCCACUGGAACCAAUACCCGCAAGGCGCUACUCCAAGGAGAACUCUCAGGCACCACUACUGCCUUUGUGGGGAAAUCACCAAUCGAUGCACUUUAACCACCACCCCGGCGGCGGCCCGUACAAGACGAAGCCGUCCAAGAUGAUCACUACCCAAGCAAAUGCAUCAACCGAUGCAACCCGACAGACGAGAAUAUCGACCACCAAUGAACCACGACGAGACGAAGAAGCAAAUCCACAAGAUGAAGAGAAGAAGCUGCACCCGCAGGAUCCCGUCGCAUGCGUACGCUGCAACCGCAGUACAACACGGUGCGACGACGAAACCGAGUAA